AGACCGAGCUGUCAGAACCCGCCACACUCAGGGCUUCAUGUCUCAAAUACAGGAUGGAUUUAUCACAGCUUAACUUUAAAUUACAGAUGUAGUUUGUAGCUAAAGCCUUGUGGUUCAAACACUGACUUCUCAUCUUUCCAAGGUUCAAAUCAAUCUGUGAUGGACUCCAGGCCUCGGAACCCUUUCUGCUUGUCCAGCACCAGGUACUCCUACACUGUGUCCAGUCCCACGGUCUCGUCCACGUUGGGCUCCGGUAGUCGGCUGUACGGCAGGGAGCCGGCGCUGAGUCGUGACCGCCUCCCGAGGGCUUCGUCGCCUUACAGAUCCGACCUGGAUAAACAGAGUUCUCGUCUUCUGAGCUCGUCCAGAGAGUACGGCGCUUCUGAAGCUCGCUCCCCCAGCUGGAGACUCCCCUCCCUGACGUCCUCCGGUAGAUCCUACGACCGCCCGUGGGCCGAGUCUCCUCUCAGCAGCCGGAGCAAAGUGACUGAUCCUGAGGGAAGGCUGGGGAGCUCCUCGCGUGUGUUGGACACCAGCGAUGAUGCCGAAUCUAAAAGGGCCAAACUGUCGUACCGCAACAGAGUACUCCAGUACUCCAGAACAGCCAGCACCUCUGUUCCAGAGUCCACCUACUGCAGUACUGGGCUCAGCGGCAGCAGGGGAGCAGGUGAAACACUGCGCGAGUCGCUCAGUUCGCCGUGGAGCUCGUAUCGUUUACGCUCGAGGUCAUCAUCAACCUCCUCUAAGCCGCUACUGUCCUCCAGAGAACAGGAGGCGAAGAAGGAGCCCAGCCUCUCUGGUUUGGGAGAAAGAAGAGUUGGGACUCCCGGACCGGCCUCCUCACUGUAUCAAACCGACAGAGUGAUGUCCACAUACGCACAAGGAGCUCGUCCUAAAGAGACUACCUACUCCCCCUCUUUUCCCUCUUCCUCCUUCUCCUCCUCCAGAGAGAGCUCUCUGAAUCGACAUGUUCUGACCUCAGCCUCCCAGCAUUCCACCGCUCGGACUCGCGACUUCAGCAGCGGAACCUCGUCCCGUUUCAGGACCGUCUCGCCGUCUCGUCUCUUAUCUCAGGAACAAACACGAAGCCCUGACUCUUCUGGUAUCUUACCUUCCUCCUCCCGCACUCCUUGGCGCUCCACGCCCCUGGGCAGACCCGAGGCCACGCUCCCACGGUUGACCCCUGAUGUCAGGGAGCUGGAGGGCCGCAGCUCCACUCGUCGCCUUCUGUCUCGCUUAUUCACGCGGCGUUCCAGCCAGGACUCUUCCAGUGGGUCUUCCAGUGCCCGCUCCCUUGAAGAUGACACUCCGUCCACCAGCGGGGAGUCCGUGGACAGCGAAGAGGGAGCCAGGACAACUGGGGUGGAUGCUGAUGUUGCAGAGACGACCCCAAACAGUCUCAAGAACGGUCGGGCCGACCUCUCACCGAUCCAGGAAUGCGAUGGCUCCCAGAGCGGCCAGGCCCGGCGCAGAUUGACCUCACGGAGAGAGUCUCCUGUCAGCAGCGGAGGAGGAAGCAGUUCCUCCUGGCUGUCUUCCUCACUCCGAGGCCGCUGUCCUCCUCUUCUCUCUCGCCUCAGAAGAUACGCUCAGUCCACCCCAGGCUCGGAGGAAGGCUACAGCCGCCCACGACACUUACUGAGACGGUGGGAUGACCUCGAGCAGAAGACGUCGCCGGAGGAGGAGGACGAUGACACGGACGAAGAGGAUGAGGAUGAAGAAGAGGAAGGAGCAGUUGGUGUGGAUCCUUUCUCUGCAGUUCGUGGUCGCAGACUAGAAGACGAAAGGUUGCCCGAACUGGAAGAUGCUAAUAUUACGUUUUCACCGCGCAGCGGAGUGGAAAGAUUUGAGACAGUUUCUUUGGGAAGCGCCGAGAGACAGAGCGAGACCGAGGAGAAACUGCGCAAGAUUAAAGAGAAGCUGCUGCUGGAGGACUCUGACGAGGAGGACGGCGAUCUGUGCCGGAUCUGUCAGAUGCGGGAGGAGUCCUCGUCCAACCCCCUGAUCCAGCCGUGCCGCUGCACCGGCAGCCUGCAGUUCGUCCAUCAGGACUGCAUCAAGAGGUGGCUUCGCUCCAAGAUCUCCUCAGGCUCGAACCUGGAGACCAUCACCACCUGUGAACUCUGUAAGGACAAGCUGCGCUUGAACAUGGACAACUUCGACAUUAACGAGUUGUACUGGGAACACCAGCAGUCGGAGUACGACGAGCUCAUCAGCAGCGGCCUCUACCUGGUGGUUCUGCUUCAUUUCUACGAGCAGAGGUUCUCCGACGUCCUCCGAGUCGUCGACGCAGCCGGGUUGUUCAACCUGGCCAGAACUCUUCAAGAGUACAUGGACAAUCUGGAAACGCCCGACGGGGAAAGUGACGAUGAACAGCGGGACGGACGACCGUCCGUGGACUUCUCCGACCUGGACGACGAUCUGGAGGAGUAUUGACGGCGUUGAGCCGGUCGACAGGAAGUGAUGUCAGCUCUCUGAGCCGUUCUUUUUCUUUUUCUGCUGCUGUUUGUCUGCUGAGAGGCGCGGCUCCUUUGGGGUCAAACUCUGAACGAAUGCUUGAAAUUUGUGGUUUAAAACCACUUCCUGUUUGUUUGACGGUGCACUUUAUUAACCGGUAAAUUAUUAAAGAUGCGAGACUAAUGGUUCGACCACAAGUGCUUUAAGGUUAAAUGAGGACGAGUCAUGUGUUUGUGAUUUGACCACGUUUUGGAGUCAAAAGAUAAAAAACUGCAUUUUUUCUUUUGAAAAUAUUCAAAUAUAAAAAGACCAUUAACCCAAUCAGCACAUUUUGUCACAGUUGAAAUUUGGUUUUAUGCUUUUAAG